CAGAAAAUUAUUUUACUUACGAAGAAACCAAAAAUCACUCACCUGGAACAGAGUUUCACGGCCAUGGCUCUCAACCUCCGUCAAAAGCAAACAGAAUGUAUUACCCGAAUGUUGAAUCUAAACCAACCCGUGAACGCAACGGGUACUGCAAACGAAGAGGUUUACAAGAUCUUAAUCUAUGAUAAGUUUUGCCAAAACAUCCUAUCACCAUUGAUCCGCGUCAAGGACCUUCGAAAACACGGCGUGACCCUCUACUUUCUGAUUGAUAAGGAUCGAAAACCGGUCCACGACGUGCCAGCCGUGUAUUUUGUCCAACCGAAUCAAGCGAACAUUCAGCGGAUCAUGGCCGACACGUCCCGCUCGCUCUAUGAUAGCUUCCACCUUAAUUUCUCGUCCUCUAUUCCCCGCCCGCUGCUCGAAGAUCUUGCAUCUGGGACAUUGAGUUCGGAUUCGAUCCAACGGAUUUCAAAGGUGCACGAUCAGUAUUUGGAGUUUGUGACAUUGGAGGAUGGUUUGUUUUCGUUGGCACAGAAGUCUACUUAUGUGCAAUUGAAUGAUCCGUCGGCAGGGGAUCGAGAGAUUGAGGAGAUUGUGGAGAGGAUUGUCAGUGGGUUGUUUUGUGUUUUGGCUACACUAGCUGUGGUGCCAAUAAUUAGGUGCCCUCGUGGUGGGCCUGCUGAGAUGGUUGCUUCCGCAUUGGAUCAGAGAUUGCGAGACCAUUUGUUGUCGAAGAAUAAUUUGUUUACAGAAGGUGGGAGUUUCGUGAGCUCUUUUCAGCGGCCAAUUUUGUGUAUAUUUGAUAGGAAUUUCGAGUUAGCAGUAGGGAUACAGCAUGAUUUUAGGUAUCGGCCGCUUGUUCACGAUGUUCUCGGAUUGAGGCUGAAUAGGUUGAGCGUGCAGGGUGAAAAGGGUGGGAUGAGGUCGUAUGAGUUGGAUAGUUCGGACCCUUUCUGGGUGGCAAAUGGGUCGUUAGAAUUUCCUGAAGUUGCAGUGGAGAUUGAGACUCAAUUGAAUAAAUAUAAGAAAGAUGUUGAUGAGGUGAACAGGAGGACUGGUGGGACUGACGGUGCUGAGUUUGAUGGGACAGACUUGACGGGGAACACGAAGCAUUUGAUGAAUGCAGUGAACUCUCUGCCUGAGUUGACAGAGCGGAAGCAGGUGAUAGAUAAGCACACCAAUAUUGCUACUGUUUUGUUGGGUGAGAUCAAGGAGAGGUUGCUUGAUUCUUAUGCGAAAAAGGAGAAUGACAUGCUGGUCAGAGGAAGCAUUGACCGGAAUGAGCUCCUUGGUCUGCUCAAAGGGAAAGGGAAGAAGAUGGAUAAGCUGCGGUUUGCUAUCAUGUAUCUGAUCUCUUCGGAAAGCAUUAAUCAGUCAGAAGUGGAAUCAGUGGAAGCAGCACUCAAGGAGUCCGAGGUUGAUACUAGUGCAUUUCAGUAUGUGAAAAAAUUGAAGUCGUUGAAUGCCUCAAUGGCAUCAGCAAAUUCAGCUAGCAGAAACAACAUAGUUGACUGGGCUGAGAAAAUCUAUGCUGUGACAGCAGGUGUGAAGAAUCUCUUAUCUAGUGAUAGGCAACUGGCAUUGACAAGGACGGUGGAACUCUUGAUAGAAGGGAGGCCAAAUCCUGAAAUUGAUGGUUACCUUGUAUUUGAUCCUCGUGCUCCCAAGUCAAGUUCCGGUAGUAGUCAUUUGAGAGGACCAUUUAAGGAAGCUAUUGUGUUUAUGAUUGGUGGUGGUAAUUAUGUUGAGUAUGGGAGCUUGCAAGAACUUGCACAGCGGCAGCAGCCUGUCAAGCAUGUUAUAUAUGGAACAACAGAAAUUCUCACAGGAGCAGAGUUUGUUGAGCAGCUUGCACUUCUGGGGCAUAAGAUGGGACUUGGAACUAAUGUUGCUGCUUCAUCUCAUUAAUACGUACAGGUUUUAAAUGCUCUUCGAAGCUUGUCGUCUGGCAGUUUAUCCAUGGUAGAGGAGGUACUGUGGGAAGCUAAGACACAAUAUGGGCAAUUGAAUAUAGAUUUCAAGCUGAAUAUCUCAGAACUGAUGCAGAGAUUGUUGGGGGGUGCAUUUCUUUCUUGAUUCCGAGGCAUGCAUGCUGGUUUUCGAAUAGAGUUGAACGACUGUGUUUGACAAUCUCUCGAAGUAUGCCUUUUUAUUUUUCAUCAUAGUGAGUAGGUUUCAACCAUUGAAAACCUAUAUUUGUCUUUAUUAAAGUUUCUUUGGUUAGAAAAUUUUCCUGUUUCCAUUGUUCUUCACUACUUGAAAAUUAAACUUUUGAGAAUCGUAUGUUAAUGCUCCAUACUAAUAUGAGUGCUGUUCACUUCCCAGUGUAAUUUUUUUUCACUAUCUAUGUUGAUUGGAAAUUUUUUAGAAGAAUAAUAUCUGUUCU